GAAAGUGCGAGAGAGAGGACAAAAAUGGAGGAGAGUUAUGACGGAGACACGGUGACCGUUGAUGAUGAUUACCACAUGGGAUGCACGACGCCGACACGUGAUGAAUGUCGGAUACCAGCAUAUCCGCCGUGUCCGCCUCCUGUGAGAAGGAAGAGAUCGCUACUACCCUUUGGAAAGAAGAGGGAACCACCGAAGAAGGGAUUUUUUCAGCCACCGGAUCUAGACUUGUUCUUCUCGGUGGUGGCAGCCUCCAAACGGCAACCUAGUUGCGCUUAGAUCAUCCCGUUCCUUUGAAUUGAUUUUGUAAACGGCCGGUUCGGGUUUGAAUGCGGUUAUGUGUGUGUAUAUAUGUGCACGCCAUGGAAGGCUAGCUAGGCUUGACGAUUUAUAUCAAGUGUUUCGGCUUUUUUUUUUUUUUUUAUGAUGUAGUCAACUAGUCAUGUAGGAUAGGCACAACAAUGUUUGUAUGGACUUUGUGUUGAACCAGUUUUGGUUUUGAACUUUUGAUUUGUAUUAUUCCUUUCCUUUCCUUUUUUUUGCUGUCCGGUUGGAGAAAUUAGAAGUUUUUUUUCUUUGUUUAAUGUAUAAAUGGUCUGUCUUUGUAUUAUUUGUAGGCAUGGAUGCAUUUUAAAUUUUCAUAACCGCUUUGUUUGUUUUA